AGGUGCGUAUUUAUAGAUGUGAACGCUAAGAUGCGUGUCGCUAUCUGAUGGGAUCUGUGAUCUUAGACUUGUCCAACUGAUUCCCUAGUUUGUAGUUGACGGUCAACUAAGCUUGGAGAAAAUCGAAACGAAACCAGCUGAGCAGGAAAUUCAUUUUUGUUUUUGUGGAAAAUGAACAGACCCAAUGAAUUCGCCAGUGCCGGCCAUCCUUCGGGUGAUGGCGCAAACGUUUGGCAGCCGGCCACGAUGGAUGCUGUGAAAACGGACGACGGCCGUGUCAAGUAUCCCAGCAUGCAAACAGCUAUUAUCAAGGUUUUCUCAGUUAUUUGCAUCAUUAUGGGCGUUGCUUCCGUCGUUGUGCAGAUUGUGGCGUUAGUGUUUUAUGUUGCAGAGAUGGACGGCCUCGUUUAUUUUUCUGGAGACGUUGCCGGCGCCGGAAUCUGGGCUGGCUCCUUCCACGUGACAGCCGGAAGUUUAGGAAUAGCCUCCACCCAAAAACGGACUAAAUCGCUUUUGACGUGGACCGUUGUGAUGUCGGGAAUUGCGAUUUUCUCUUCUCUAAUUGCAUCAACGCUGUCUGGAAUAGCGGCGAUUGGUGGAGUUGAUUAUUAUGCCUGCUACUACAAUCCCGGAGGGAAGAACAGUGACACAUGUGACGCUUGGAUUUCUUUGGAAUGGGCCCUGGUGGGUAUCAGCGUAGCGGCUUCGGUUAGUACCAUUGUUUUGAUCGUUUUGACGUCCGUACCCCUUUGUUGUAGCAGCCAGCGCCAUAACAUCAUCGCCAUAAAAAAACGGGAAAUGUCUGAUGGAAGGGAUGAAAUGGGCCAGCAUCCGGUCUACUCCAGCCGGCAACAGCAGCAGCAGCAACCGCAGCAGCAGCAGCAACCGCAGCAAGCUAAGAAUAAUUACCAAACGGCCUACGUCUCGCAACAGCCUCAAACGCAUUCAGUGUCGAUCCCAAGAGCCCAGACAAUGCGAGAGCAAAUUAGGGCUCCUGCUUCAGUUGCCCAGCCGCAGCAGCAGCAGCAGCAGCCAAAAGGCGAAUACAAAUUAAACUCUGCUGGAUAUUUUUAAUAAGGUUUUAAUCCUAUAAGCGGAAUAUUUCAUUGUGUCUUAAUAUAUCUACCAAAAUAACGGAAACCAAAUAAAACGCCACCGUGUAUUCGAAA